AUGGGCGACGUUUUUCGACCAAUCGUUCUGUUUUUUGCAGUCUUGACUGUUGCACCUGCAGUGUUCUCCGAAGAGAAACUUUCUUAUGAUACCGUGAAGAGUAAUGUCGAUGAGGCGGGGGCUGAGCUCAUUGAAGGAAGUUCCGAUGGAAACUUUUUCAGUCCCGAAAGCAUCGAGGAAGAUGUCAGCGAGACUGCAGCAGUAGUGAAAAGCGAAGGUAGGAUAGCUUUUAUCUCUUAUUACUUUUGCUUUAACUGGCAUGCACAAGAAAAUAUAAAAACGCUUCCCGCGCUCUAGAAAAUGGGAACAUUACUGAAACAUUGUAGCUUACAAACCCAAACAGAUAGUUUUCCUUAAAAAAUAAAUCAUAAUCCAGAUUGAUUUUUUAAACUCUUUUAGCAGACACUUUUUUACUUUUUCGUGUCCCUCUAGUCUGGCACAGUGGUUUGGCUUGUUUGCAAAACUGCUUUUUUUCCGUUUCGUUAUUACGGGUUUGUGUAGAAGCGACAGUACGCCAAAAAUCGAGAAUAUGUUGUUUUCCCUCCUUCCCACCCACCACCUCUUGUGAAUUUUUCGUUUAGACCCAAAGGUCUUUACCUAAGGGCGCUUUCGAAAAGUCAGAACUGACCGGCCGGACCAGUCAUUUUGUCAAUGAAAAUGCUUUUUCCCAAGAGUUUUUGUUGAAACACCAUCUCCCUCGUGCAAUGCUAUUUAGGAUUUGACUGAUGUGCCCGGAUGGUUUUGAUGAAAGGUGAAAUUCUCAUUAUGACUGGAAUGGUCUGGCCGGUCAGUUCUGACAAAUGGAAAGCGCCCUAACACAAGUAACAGUGAAUUAAAACGAGUGAAAGUUUUAAGGUUGUCUAGGUGCCGUUUAAUAUUUUAUAUUUCCUUUUUGGCCGCCUUGAGCAUAGUUUUGUGGAAGUCAUGCUUUGAGCACUGGAAUUGUAAUUAUAAUGCCACGUCCAAUAUCUUACAGUAACUAAUUUCAUUUCGCAGCACAGUGAUCUCAGCCAGGCGAAAAGGUAGUCAUAUCGUGCGCUUUGUUGAAGUUCUUGGCAGUUAUUAGCCGCCUAGAAAGUGAGCUGUGAGAGUUAGAUGUGUUGGGUCGGCGAGAGAAAAAUCUGUGGUGAACUUUUCUUUAGUUAAAAACAGAACUGAUUUGAAAGGAAACCACAACCGCUCAUCCGCGAAGCCAUUCUUGUCUUCUUGAUCGCCUAGUAAUUCUAACUAGAAGAUAGAAUACUUUCAAACGAUUAGAAAAAGGGAUUUUGCAGAAAUUCUAGAAAAUUUUUUGACUGCCGGGCAUUGAUUUUUUUUAAGACCCUUCCCGGCUGCCGGACUUAUAGCCACUACGUUUAUUUUAUCCUCUGCAAUACAGCGCUCGCUUUAUAGUCAACUCGUCUGUUUGACCGUAUUGUUCAUUAACUUUUGCACUCCUUUCCGCUCCCAGCGACGGAUAAGCAUCACGAAAAAUAAUCCAAAUUUUAACAACAAGGAGUAGUAUAUUCUUUCCCUGAUUUAUUAACUAUACGGUAAUGCCGGUACUUCCCGAAAAUGCAUGAAAUGAAAACUGUCACUGGCAUGUGGUAAACUGUUUUACAAAUACAGUUUAGUUCUAUGGGUUUUUAGAUACAUUUCAUUACCGUGACGGAAAAGUCCCUAAAAGCGAACGCUUUGGACGUUGAAACUCAACGAGAGUUGGGGCGAGUAGAACGUUGAUUCUUCAGGCUCUACCGGCAGGCGUUUUUGACAUAGCUGGCACAUUAAGCAGACCCUAAUGGAUUUGAAUGUUGUUGGUACCAAUAGACGGCGUUUAGGUGUCGUGGUUGGCAAAUUAAGAAACCACUUACUCGAGCGCAGUUAUAUUGAACACUCGAAACUCAAGCCCUUUUAACAAUGGGUAAUAUUCAUAAAAGAAACACGACAAAGUUUGAACUGAAAUGCUGUAGUGGCAGUUUCUCAUCUUCUGGGAUAGCUUGGAUGACAAACAAUCUUUAAUCUUUAAUCAUUAUUUAUACAAGGUAAAAAAAUUCAUCAGGUACAAUAAAUUCCAAGUACAAUGACUAACAUCCUAAAACCUAAAAAAUCCUGAUCCUAAUAUUAUUUUAACUUACAACAAUAUGCUACUAAAAACCUGAUUUCCAUAAAUACCGUGUUUCUAAAAAUUAUGAUAGAGAAGGCGUUUAAAUUGAUUUAAUGAAUCAGACUCUCUAAUGUUACAGGGUAAGCUGUUCCAAAGGGUCGCGCCGCUGUAACUAAAACAAUUUUUCAAGUAGUUAGUUCUUGGAAACGGAACAAGUUUUUUUACCGAGUCCCUCAGAGAAUAGUUUGAUUCAUUUCGCUUUAUGAAUUUAGACUUGAGAUAUUCGUGAACCAGACCGUUUAAAGACUUGAAAACCAUUCAUUGUUUCUUGCACUCAUUCUUUGUUAGAAUUAUUAAACAGUGGGACGCUCUUCCCGAAGAGAUAGUGCACGAACAGGCUUUCAGCAUUUUUCGAAGUAAACUUAGAAAGUAUUGUGAAAUUUUGUAAUUUUUUUUUAGCCAUUUCUUAAUUAUUCUUAAAUUUUACAUUGUAGUAUAUUUAUUUUAUGUUUCAUGUAGGGAGAGUCCUCGAUAGAGAUAAGCUCUGACGUUUCCUUUUAUGUAUUCUUAUAUAAAAAAAAAUAUAUUUGAUUUGUUCCGAAUUUGACUUUGAGAUUUCAAGUCCCUCCAGCUGAGUUUGUGAAACAAGGAAUCGACAUAUACGUCAAAGUUUGAUGAAGUUAUUACUCGUGCAGCACGGUUUUGUAGUUUUGGUGGGUUGGUAGAUAAUGUUUUGCCACAGCUACCCAGACUAGGCUGCAGUAAUCAAGGAGAGAUUGAACUAAUCGAUUAAGCAAGAAUUUUCGCUUAUUGAAAGUUAGUUCUGUUGAUUUCGACCAAUCGAAUCUUUUGCCAUCUUGUUUCACAAAAGAAAAUUUUUGGGUUUCCAUUACUUUACUGAAGUUAGAGUCUUUCUAGAUAGCACCCACGCAUUGCAUCUGAUACUCUCUAAGCGUAUUUAUCUGCAGAGCUAUUUUCUGUAGACAGGAAGUAGCCACGUUUUCUGAAUAUCCGUUCCUAUCGUACUCAUUGAUGAAAGCCUUGAACUGGACCUCGUGGUGUUUCUGAACUUCUUCUUGAAUGCAGGACCAAUGAUCUAAGUGUUCGAUCUCUUCUGUCUCUUCUUAAGAAGAAUCCGUUUCGUGAGAGACUACGGUUUCUUUCGAAGAGUGGCUUUCUUCAUUGUCGUCGACAUUCCAUUACCUUCUGGAAAGUAUUUGAAAGUAACUAUUGUAUCCGUCACCGCUCCACAAUUUGUAGUUGAUUUUAGGCCUUUUUUUAGCCUGCAAUUGGCUAUAAACCUUAUAGCUUGACAGAUCAGACAUUGAUGAUUUCUGUACUAGCUCCACGGUUGCAGAUUUCUCUUUGGGAAAUUUGUCGUCACGUUUGGGAAUUUAAGUUGGCAUACAAAAGUUUUGGUACGGACCUCUGAUCUAACAUUUGUUAGCCAAAAUGGUUACCACUAGAUGCUUCAUUUAAGACCAGUUUUCCACUCUCUAGAAAUCUUCACAUCUCGACCUUUACUAAAUUUGGAAUCGAGCAGCUCUAGAGCGGCACUUCAUUUUCAAAGCCUGUGCUUGAAAGAAUGAAAGAUGGUAAAUUUUAUAAAGCUCGGUGAAAUAAAGUUGAAAAUGAAUUAAUCAGCAUGUCACGAAUUUGGAAAAAAGAAAAAAUCUGAGUCCCCGACAGGAUUCGAACCUCCCAAACACCUUGCUUGUUGUUAGAAAUUCCUUUUGAAAGGCAGCGCUUCCUACAUUUCCUUACAAAAACUUGAUGAAAAAUUAAAAUCCGAAAUAAAAACUUGACCAGGCUAUCUGGGUUACUCCUUAAUCAUAUGGUAGGGUCACUAAACUAGCCGUGAAAACUUUUAUCAAUAAAAAUACUUUGGCUCUUCCUGCCGGGUCAACUCCUUCAAGGCGAGACAAUCACAGUAAACACUCGCUAAAGUUAAGUUCACUACCUCUGAGCGAAUGUUAAGUCCAGAAACGAAUGCUUUAAAAAUGUUAUUUCUUCCACAUCACCAGUCUUACCACGCUGUUUCUCUCUGAAUAGAGCUCAACAACCAAAAAAUCGAAAGUCCUGGAAAUGAAGAAGAGUCUACUCGACCAGAACAGCCAAAGGAAGACCCUAUAAGAGUCCGGUGUGGUUUGUUGCAGUAUAAUACAUUGACCUAUGGCUGCUGUGCUGGCAGGUACAGAUACCAUAAGAAGACCCAAAAGUGCUGCUAUGGUAGAAUCACUUUAAAGUAUUCUCCCUGUGUACCUCUCCGCAAAUGUGGCUUGGUCUCCUACAACCCAUCGACCCAUAGUUGCUGUGGUAACAGGUUUGUGUACUACACCAGGACCCAGAAAUGCUGUUAUAAUCGAGUCAUUUCAAAGUAUUCCUCGUGUGUGCCUUUCCGCAAAUGUGGCUUGCUCUCCUACAACCCAUCGACCCAAAGUUGCUGUGGUAACAGGUUUGUGUACUACACCAAGACCCAGAAAUGCUGUUAUAAUCGAGUCAUUUCAAAGUAUUCCUCGUGUGCUCCUCUCCGCAAAUGUGGCUUGGUCUCCUACAACCCAUCGACCCAUAGUUGCUGUGGUAACAGGUUUUUGUACUACACCAGGACCCAAAAAUGCUGUUAUAAUCGAGUCAUUUCAAAGGUUUCCUCGUGUGUGCCUUUCCGCAAAUGUGGCUUGGUCUCCUACAACCCAUCGACCCAUGGUUGCUGUGGUAACAGGUUUGUGUACUACACCAGGACCCAGAAAUGCUGUUAUAAUCGAGUCUUUUCAAAGUAUUCCUCGUGUGUGCCUUUCCGCAAAUGUGGCUUGCUCUCCUACAACCCAUCGACCCAUAGUUGCUGUGGUAACAGGUUUGUGUACUACACCAGGACCCAGAAAUGCUGUUAUAAUCGAGUCAUUUCAAAGUAUUCCUCGUGUGUGCCUUUCCGCAAAUGUGGCUUGCUCUCCUACAACCCAUCGACCCAUAGUUGCUGUGGUAACAGGUUUGUGUACUACACCAAGACCCAGAAAUGCUGUUAUAAUCGAGUCAUUUCAAAGUAUUCCUCGUGUGUGCCUUUCCGCAAAUGUGGCUUGCUCUCCUACAACCCAUCGACCCAUAGUUGCUGUGGUAACAGGUUUGUGUACUACACCAAGACCCAGAAAUGCUGUUAUAAUCGAGUCAUUUCAAAGUAUUCCUCGUGUGUGCCUUUCCGCAAAUGUGGCUUGGUCUCCUACAACCCAUCGACCCAUAGUUGCUGUGGUGGCAGGUACUUGUACAACAAGAAGACCCAGAAAUGCUGUUAUGGCCGUGUCAUCAGCUUUUACUCAACCUGCCGUUUUCACGGAUAAUUUACUCAAACAUACCUUGUCGUUAAAAGCUAAUAAUGUUACAGUUUUUUUAGCUAGUUUACGUUUCUAGUUGGUGUAAAUUGAGACGUUGUAAGCUUGUGGAUGUGGCAACAGUACUUCUUGCAUUUAUCUGUAGUCCAAAAAAAGGUGAUUGGGAAACAGUUGUCUGCUUAUAACCCAUGUAAAUCGUGGACUAUUAGAAAUGUUUAAUAAAGAGUUGCAACAUACCUGCUAGACACUUAACACCGGUCCAUGAAAAUCGCUUGUGUAAUAACAGCAGCUAGGAUAUAUUUAAAAGCUUUGUGUUUGAAUCCCUAAACUCCUUUUCGGGGAAGAAAAGAAUAUUUGUCUUUGAAAUUGGUACAGCGGGAACUACCUCCUAAUCAAUGUUUUUGACUGGAUACGAAAGCCUUUCAUUUAAUAGGUACGUUGAGUAUGAUCGUCGGGGUGAACGUAGUCCUGAAUAGGACUGUUGUUGUUGACAGUGACUGACGUUUCGACAACCUUUACGGUAGUCAUUUUCACGGUCAACGUGAAUUCUAUCACGUCAGUUGAUGGUAUUAAACUCUUGUUAUUGACCUGAUUGGUCAAUUAAGGCGGGAUCUUAUUGGUUGUCUGUUGACGGAAUCAAGAAAAACUAACUACGAGAGAACGACUAGAGAACUGAUCAUUUGACUAACAAUAAACGACUGUUAAACUCUGACAGUAAGACGGAUCGAAGGGCACUACUUAUAUUACGAGUCUUCAUAGCCAAUAACACUACGGCUUAACUGACAGACGAUCAAUAAGAUCGCGACUUAAUUGACCAAUUAUCAGGUUAAUAACUAGAGUUUAAUACCAUCAAGUGACGUGAUAGAACUCACUUUUACUUUGAAGAUGAAAACCGCAUAGUUUGUUGAAACGUCAGUCACUAUCAACGACAACAGUCCUAUUCAGGACUACGUUCACCCAGACGAUCAUACUCAACCUACUUAAGAAAUGACUCCUGGGUUCAAACCUUUCACACGCUUAAUUUAAAUUGGUAAACAGCAUUUUUUUCUGACAGAGUUUUAAUAGAAACAAAAAGAACAAGAAAAAUAUUUGAGAAAAAGCCUGUAAAAAUUUGCUAUUUACCUUCCCUCUACUCCUUGUUCCUGGAAAGCUUGUCAGUCAAAAGUCCAUGCGAAAGGAAUACAAAAAAGAGCAGCAAACUGAGAAAAAAAGCAGGGGGGGAAAAGACAUUGAGAAAGUAAUCUCGAAAUAGAUUUGCGAAAAUAGAAAGAAAGAAAAAAAGAAAAAAAGGAAAGAAGGGCAUAAAAUGGGAAUAAACUGGAUUCUCUGCCCCUGCGGAGGGGAAAUUUGCAAUAUUGUUUUCAGUCCAGAGGAAAGGGAUGGAAAAAUUUGAAAUUUGUAAAAUCGAGGACGGUUACCAUGGAGACUUCGCGGGGAUCAAGUGCAUUUCCCAGCCUAUAAAUAUAUGAAAUACCCCCGUAUUUAUUCGAUAAACCUCCCUUGGCGCUUGUUAAAUUUUUGUACCUUGAUAGUGCGCGCUGAUUCGAGGUGGGCGCUUAUUCGAGGCUGGGCGCUUGUAAAAUUUUCACCAUUCUUAGCAAGUGUAGUAUGUUUAUUUUGCAAGAAAACAAUAACUAGCGACAACAAAAAGCGAAGAUGUAAGAAAGAGGGGUUUCUGUAAAAUACUCUGAAGAAAAUUUCGUCUUCGGGAGGGUCUCUUAUUAUCUGUUAUUGGAGUUUGUGUGGGGGAGUGGUGUGGAGGUGGGCGCUUAUUCGAGGCUGGGCGCUAAUUAACUUUUUCUGCCUUUAGGAUGGGCGCUUAUUCGAGGUGGGCGCUAAUUCGAGGUUGGGCGCUUAUUCGAAUAAAUACGGUGUAAAGUAGCAACAGAAAAAGGGGGGAGUGGGGGAGGCAUACGCGUCUUUGAGCCGCAUAGCCUGCGUAGUAGUCAUUCCUUUUUACGUUUCCACCUGCCCUCUUUUGCUCGUGCGCUACUUCCCCUUUGGUAAAAGAUGGCUGAAACAACUGCUACACAGGAAAUCACCCUCUAAAGGACUGGGAAGGAGUUAGCACAUAACGUCCCAAAAUGGAGUUGGAGAAAAACAUGACAAUGCCAACAAAAAGAUGUAAUUUCUGUCGCUUUAUUGUACUAUUUUUAUCGGCCACCCUCAUCCUUGGUGAAAUUAAGCGAGAAAAAGUGCUUACAAAUUGUAUAUUUUGUCACGGGAGCCAUAUUGCAAAUGCUCUAAUUUUUCCUCGCUUUGCUUAAUAAACAUUGCCAGAAAUUAGGGACAAGAUGGCGGUUGCGCGUGCGCACCAAGGCCACAAUGGCUGCGAAUUCGUAUAAGAAAAUGUAUGGAGAAAAGGAAACUUUUUCAAAUAUAUCGAUUAUGAGCUCACGGGUGUUCGGUGCACGACUCGAAACAUGUUAAGUGCUGUGCAACCUUCGCAUCUGGGUUAAAAAUAGCUAAUUAGAAGUAGGUUUACUUACUUCCCGAAGUGGCCACUUUUAUCUCUCGUUGUACGCUCCAUUUCUCCAUACAUUGUCUUAAAAUCUUGCCGAAGUCAUGCGAAAUACUCGUCGAUUAGAGGAUAAACCCUUCACUGAAGUAAAUUUGCACGACUCGAUAUCACUUCUGCGAUGGAAGAUGUUUCCAAAACAGUCGUUAAAAGGACGAUUUUUGCACUGGAAAAUACUUCCAAAGGCGCAUUAUUUCCCGCAGUUUUCCAUCUGUAGUCCAGUAAUGGACGCCAUGGUUGCGAAUGACUUAUUUCGGUCGGACAAAGCUUCACAACUCCAAACCUCACCGAAUCGCCAUUUUGGUUGUUGCUACAACUCCAGAGAUGCUUCACGGGAUAUAAACUAGGUUCCAGGCAUUCAAAAAUCCUCGAUUAGCCUACCAGGCUUGGUUUUAAAACAAAAUUGUCACGAAAAUGUCACGAAAAUGUCACGAAAGGUACAGCCGCGUACUGUUUUGUUGCUAUCAGCCGCUCGGCCGAGUAUAAACCUAACAUUUUCUUGCAAGAUGUUUCAUUCCAGCUUUUUUCUUCGUAAAACAGAUCCACAGAGCUCAAAUUAUUUAAAAAAUCGCAGGGGAUACGCUUUCCCUGACUACGAUCGUUUUUGUCCGCCAUUUUGGAAAUGAGAUUCCGCUGACAAUUAAUCACGGGCGCGAAAUGUCCACUAUUUCUGGCAAUGAUUUUUCGAAGUCGAGAAUCGGGAGGGCGCUUAUUUUUCGUCGUCAGAAUUUUAGCCGCGAGAUUUAUUCUUUUCUCUGUUUCAAAUGCAGAACUGUUUUGAUGAAAGCCUGUAGGUAUCAUUACAUAUUAGAAAAUAUCAAGCCACUGAAGAAUGCCUUCCGCAACCUCGUUUGCGGGUAGGAGAGAACCCUAGGAACGAGGUUGUGCUUUUCGUUGGCUGCUCUGAUUGGCAAGCACGGGGAUAAUUAUCCUUUAAUGUACACCACCACUUUAAUAAAUAAUUGCGAACUAUUGUUACAGGAGCCGCGUCCUUAACGUUCGAUAGUGUCAUUUUCUGGUGAUUAUACAUGAUAUGCUUUCUAUUCAUUCAAACACUGAAAAAAGGUGCUGUAUACCGUAUAAUCUAAAAAGGGAAAAAAGGCUUGUUGUUAAGAUGGAGAGGGGAAUUUUAAGGUGACACUAAUUCGAAGGAGUGUGGUUAUUUGAUUAGGGGCCCUAAUUUGAGCAUUUACAGUACAUAUGAGGCUUACAAAGAAGACAUGGGUCCGGUUCCUAGAAAGAUGGUUAAGUUUAACUCAGGAUUAAGCGAAAUUUUAAGCAAGGUUUUCUUGCUAGUAGCAUGUAACUCAAGCUUACAAAAUACUGUUGAGCCUUUACUCUGAGACACAGUAACGAUUUACACAGCAAUGCAUAGGAAGGUAAAUACAAAAAGUGGAACAAAAUAUUAAUCCUGGAUUAGCGCUAAUCGGCCUUUCAGGAACCGGGCCCUGGAUGCUUAUUCGAGGAAAUGUGGUAUGUGGGCUUCGUUGGGACAAGGGGAAAACAGCAUGUUUAGUUUUUAACAUCACUAUAGCAACAGGACCGUUUUCUAACCGGUCUCUAUUUUCCCAGUAUUUCUCGCAUUUUCCAGAUGAACGUGGGCAAAUUAAAGACAGCCAGCAAAGGGGUGGCAAAUUCAACCACAACAAUAGAGCAUAUUCAGUUCAAUUAAUUUUAUCUGACACUCAGGUUCACUCACUUGUACAAACUACACUGAGCUUAGACCUUAGAUCAUGUAGUAUUACACUAACUAUAUCCAUUGCUUACCCAUUACAUUAUGUAAUAUUACGUACUGUUAUCUAAUACACUAACUUAACAUUAAAAUUUCAUUCAGGAUUUCUAAAUACAGGAUAUAGACUCUAUGUAAAGAUAGACAGGCCGUUAUAUUAACUGAGUCAUAUGCACUCUACAACGAAUUUACUAUGGACUACAAUCAGCGUACAUUAAUAGUCGUUCAUACCGACACUAUUUUGGCAUGAUUUCCAUGUUCCUUUCUUUUAGGCAAACAAGACUCAGGGCGGUGAUAUUUGUGACGAGAAAAGUCGGGGAUAAUGCUGAUCCCCAACUGACUGACUUAUUUGAAGUAAACAGCUGGUUUCGUAGCAACCAUUUGCGAAGAACGACAAGGAACGAUGAGAGGACACGAGAAUUGGAUCACAAUGAGGAGCUAUUAGGGUUAAAAGCGAUAAAAAAAUUAACGAUGGUUCCUACUUCUUGCCUUUCUCUCGAGGUGCUCCUGGGAAGUGGUCCUGACAUUCACGUAUUUUUAGUCGGAAGGCACGGCCAAAUAAUCCAGACAUUGACUGUUGUUGAAACACAACCAGCCUAACACAACGGCCUCUUUCAGAUCUGUUCCAAGGUAGCAGUUGUGGAGAAUUUUUAGUUUCAUGUCCUCCCACCUCCUGACUCUCUACUUCCUCGCGCGAUCGCGCGAUUUCUUCCUCGCAGUCGUUACCAGUUCUCACUCAGUCGUUACGAUGAGUUUGAUAUUGAGUCAAACAUGUUGCAGAGGAUCGUCGUUUGCUUGCUGGUAGCGCUUCCUAUGAGUUUUACCGGGGAGAAACAAAAAAGGGAUAAAAGCAAUGAAAUUCACGAGAAAGGAGACUCCUUCUUCUCACAAACAGAGGGACCUAAUCCACAGACUUGUGAAAAGCAUGGAAGAUGCGAGGUCAGUGUAUCUAGGAAUCCCCUUAAUUUCAUGUUUGCAUAUGUAAGCUUUAGGUUACCUUUUGGUGCUUAUUUCGAAUUGAUUCAAAUUAAACUUGCUAAUUUCUUGAUGUUUCCUUUUCAACUAUAAGCUUCUAUAAGCUCAGUAAAGUUAAAAAAAUACCGAAACAAGCGUCUGUCUCCAAAUUUGCAUAGAAACCUCCUUAUCACUUCAUAAACAUGCUUAUGCACAGCUGUUAUGCAGUUUUCGAAAACUCGCUGUAGUCCUCUGCAUGGUAUUGGUUUGAGCGAAAUUUUCAAGCAGAUAAGUGCUUAAAAAUAUCCUCAGGAGUUAAACUUAUCACAGGAAAGUCUAUUGUGUCCUCUUUUUUCCGAAAUUCGACGUAAAUUUAAUUUACUAAAAAAGUUCUUGUCCAGCAUAUUGUGCAGACAGGUGUUUUUGUUGUAAGUCUCCUUAGAAGCCCUAAUUUGAUCAAUUGGGUCUAGGAAUUGGUAGAGGAGGCGAAGGAAGUUGAGAACAACCUAGCCUCAAAAAAUUUUUGCCCACAGUCGGCCGACAGUUUUUUUGGGGAGCUGUUAUUCACUUUUUCAUUGACCUUCAGUAUUUACUUGCUCUGAGCUUGUCUGUUGCACCUGUGUUAUACUCCGGUAUUGUUUUUGCUCUAUGAGCCCCAUUGACAUAGGCAUUACAGGACUUGACAAGAUCUUACACUUAAAAGAAGUUUGUUUGUCACAUGCAAACUGAACUUCUGGAUUUCACGAAUAAAACUUUUUCAGUGAAAUAUUUAAUUCAACCUGUGAAAUAGUAUGUAACAGUAAGUGCCAAAUAAUAUUAUUAUAAGUGUCUACUAUCUAUUUCACGGGUUGAUUAGUAAAUUCACUCUAUUUUUCACUUCAAUGAGUUAAACUAAAUUUCCUUGUUAACAGAAAUAAGAAUGUAAAUCAAUGACAAUAGUUUUGUACAAAUCAUUUUUUGAUGUCUGGCUUGCUUAUUUUUAUCCUUUAAAAUCAAUAUUUUCACUUGCCUUGAUUUUUUUUGUUCUAUUUUGGGUCAACAACAACCGUCAAAUUACUGUUUUUUUAAUAUGAAAAGCUAGAGGCAACUUUGAUUGUAACAAGGGUUAGCACACCAUUAUUAAUGAAGUUAUGCCCACUAUACCAGUGCUGGAAAUUACUGUCGGAUGAUAUAAUAUAUAUAUGCAAUAUAUUUGGACACAAUGUCCAAACACUUGAUAGGCCAUUUGCAUGAUGGCGUCAUUUUACUACUAUGACCAGUAUCCUUCAGGGUUUUGCUUUCUUGUGCAAAUUAGGACUUUUGUUAUUUAAACCUAGAAAAACCAAAAGAAUUCUGGGUGUAGUAGUAAAAUGACGCCAUCAUGCAAAUGGCCUAUUGAUUUAGCUCUUGUCUUAGGAGCUAUUUCAAAAGCAUUAAAAGGUAAAAUGCCAUGAUCAAAAGAUAAACUUUCCAUUCCAGUAAAAGACUAUUUUGAGGAAAAUGUCCACAUAUUCAUCUUCCAAUCCGGUGAAACAAAGCAGCUCUCUUUGUUAACGAAUUACUGGGCUCUACUUUCCAUAUAUAGAAAUCAAGUUUAUGCAACUGAAAGAACAUGCUUUGAAACUGAAAUGGCUGACUGUUUCAAUGAUCUGAAAAAUGGAGAAAGCUUUGUAAGACGAACAAGAAAACUUUCUGUGCAGUUUUUUUCCCCAGUUUGAGGAACAACCACAAUAGUGCAAACGAUGACUGCCUACCUUGGAGGUUGGCUGUGAACCAUAAACAAUUAAUUCAUUUGUCUUCUACUGCUGGUCUAUUUCGACUAUUUCGUUUUUUUUUUCAAAGCUUGAGAUUUAUGCAAAUUGUGUCUGGAAUCAAGAGAAAUUUGGAGGGAAGAUUAUAAAUUUCUUUUUUUAAAAAAAAUAGCAGAAUCCCCAAUGUGAAGAACAGGUGCUUGAGAGGGGUUAUCCAGAAUCAUUGCUUGGGUUUUCUUGCCUUGUACUUUCAAGAGAUUUGAUGCAAGCCAGGUUGAAAGCAUAACCAUAUUUACUUGAAUUAGGGCCACUCUUGAAUAAGUGCUGUGUUUGGGACAAAAAUGUAAAGCACCAUGGCCCCUUUAUAAUCAAAAUCAAAAGACGUUAAUUCUGUUUAAUAUGGAAAAUAACAAUAUCAUAGUUCAAAAAAUUCUUUAUUUCGUCCGACUUUCAAAUAAAUGCCACCCUCAAACAAGUGCCACAUUUAAGCUGUGUAAUUUUCCAAGUACAACCCCCCGGGGGGCUUAUAUUUGGAGGGGUGAUUUAACGGAGGGUUUUUUGCGUUACUGGUUUGUAUUUAUUUUCGGAAUUUUGCGGUAUUUGAGUAAAUAUGUCAUGCUAAUUAAUGACCGACCAGUUUUUGAAUAUUUCCUUUCAAAAUUAAGAAUUGAAAGGACAGUCAUCUUUUUAAGUAAGAAAAAUUAUUUCCACCUCUGCUAUACCACCAAAUGACCAUUAUUAACUACUUUGUUUCAUGGUAGAUUUUUUCUUUGCGAUUCCUGUUGAUAAACUAGGUGUCGAUAAAGAUCUAUAAAUUGUUCGCUGUCUACUCAUUUUUAGUACAACAUUUACCUCAAGGUUAAAAGCAAAAUUAAUUAAUUUAUGUAUGGUUUUGUUUCACAGAGAAAACACAUCAGUCCCUAAAAAUUAAUAGUGUUUUACGUACAUCUUGUCAUUCUUUUCCCACCACCAGGAGGUGAAAAGAACACAUGAGUGUUGGGGUUAUGAAGAAGGUUGUAGGUCACCUGACAAGUGGUUUACAAAGCCUCACUGUGACGACAGUAUGACUCAUAGAUACUUCAAGUCGUGAGUAUUUUAAUCCUACCUGCAUGUCCAUCAUUGAAACAACAAGCUUGUUUAUAAUAAUUCUGUUUUCUUAGAAUUAUGGAUUGGAUUCUGCUUGGGAACUCUGAGUUCUUCUCUCUUAUGGUCAUGUCUGGCUAAAGAAACUGCACAUCCUAAUAUUAUUUUUUGAUACAUUAGUUUUACUUUUCCGAAAUGGUUUCAGUGUUGCUCAAAUCUAUAGCUAUGUGGUAACAAAAAAAUAAUUAUGAGGUCUUCAGUGCAUGGUAUUUUUGGUUUUACAAUUUUUUAUGAAAAAUUGAGGUGCUCUUAACCUUGAAACAUGUGACCACUCUAUCUUUUGUAUUUUUUUAAUGAUCCUGUACAAGGCUGCUGCCUAAGAAUUUUUUUCUGGGAGCCCUGUGGGUUCCUAAAAUAAAAAGUUAGGAGCCCAAUUGAAAAAAAAUCAGUAACUUUAUUAAACGUGUCAAACUUCGACUACACGAUAACUUGCACUGAUCAGUUGAUAGAGAAGGUCAAUAAGCUUCAGAUUUAUCAUUUAUUCAACUCUAGGGCACAAAUAGUAUCAUAGUAAAGGGUCAACUAACAUUUAAGGUCCAAUCUCCUUUUGUCCGUACUGGAGGUUUCUUACUUCAUUGUAUUUCAAAAACAGUCAACCCUGUAUCUAAACCUAUAGUUUUAAUAAGUUCACCAGAAUGACCCUAUCGAUAGUUUCUGUAUCUUAAAGUUGACAGUCUCAACCAGAUCCUUGAAACUUGAUUCACGCUACUCGAAACCAAAGUCUCCCUUUUGACUGGUCACACAACCCUAAGAAGCGUUGCAUGACGAGACAAAACUGGAAGAAUACGCAAGACUUGAAUGAACUGAGUUUCGAAAUGCAAACACUGAGUCUUGAGUUUGGAGAAACCAGCCUUUUUUAUAUUGGCCACUCAAAAGGAUGUAAAGAAAAAAAACGAUUUAUUUCUCAAGAAACAUAACAAUAACCAUUUUUUUGCACGCAAAUGUACUGACCAACAGCGUUAGACUUGUCAACAAGUUGAGCUCUCCCAAUUUUUUUGCAAGUGCGAAGCGCGAGCAGUAGAUUUUUUAUGUUUUCUGCAGCAAAAAGCGAGUGAGAGAGUAAAAGCUCGACUUGUUUCUCCUGCAAAAAAUCGCACCAGGUAACGUCAUUUUGGCGCAAAUUAUUUGACUCAGUAUUUUUGAAUCAAGUCUAUCUUUUGAUAUACACAAAAUAGUACAAAAUAGGGAGGCGUAGAUAACGCUGAAUAAACAAUAAAAGAAACCUCUGAGUGUACUGUUUGUAUUCAUAGCAAGAUAGAAAAUGCUACAAACUUGCAGAAGUAAAAUUAGCAUACUGUAUGUCACAUGUAAUUUGAAACCUCUUGCUUUUACCAUGGAUUACGUCUUUUAAUCAGUUUUUAUUUGAUGCAGUAGCAACCAAACAUUUCUAACGCUGGAGGAAAAGUCAUGAUUUUAAUAUCGAAGUUUUUUCAAAGAGUAUUAAAUUCAUUCGAGGCCGUUUUCCGACGAGAAACUUCAACUGCGCUGGUCGCAGGUGGAAGUCACGGAAGCAUAUUUCAAGACAAGUGCUUGUUUGUUUACCUUUUAGCGGCGGAAAUUAUAUUUUUUUUGCCUAUGGCCGACGACCAAACGUUAUCCAUUUUUGUUUCAAAAGUGUAGAACGAGCAGGGAGUUUUGUUGUUUGUUCACCAUAAGUUAGCCUGAGAAUCAUAAGUUUGGGUGCCCAUUUGGGCUCCCUGUUUGAAAUUUAUUCUUAAUUGUUUUAUCGUUGCAUUAGUUGACCUGUCUUUGCAUUAAAAUAAUGCUCAUUAAUGUACAUGUAAUUCAUUGCAGAUAUGAAGAUAAGGUCUACCAGUUCUGGAAAGAUGCAGAUUUUGGUUAUAUAAAAUCUGUUCAAGAUAGUCUGCAGUUUGUAUGCAAGCCUAAGGAAAACAAGGUUUAAUAUCUUACCUUCUAAUUGCCCAUGCAUGUAUAGUGACAGCAGGGCUGUCGCUAAGGGCGAGAGGCUGGAGAUUUCCCCCGGCUACGAUGAGCAUGACCCUCGUCUACAGGUACUUUCAUAGCAAACAAAAGGAAUAUAGAACCAGUUUUAAAGAACUUUCCAGCCAGUCAAUUCACCACCUACUAACUGCAUGUACGUGACAACUUGAAAUAUUAGUGACAGCCCUGCAAACUGACUGUGAUCACUAACUGGCCAAGUACAGUGUGGCGCUUUAUUUUGAGGGUUAAUUCUUGUGUUUUUAUUCACAAUCCACAAAACAUAUUCCUGCAGGGAAGAGCUAUAGUCUGCGAAAACAAUUACUUUGUCAUAUUCAAAAUAAUGUCUAGUUUUAUAUGAAUGAUAUUUUGGUGGAAGAUGUCGAUUCUGAUACAGAAAGUGAUUGCCUGUAGAACCCAGGUGUAAUUGGAAAAGGAGGACAAAGGGAGGGUGUUAUCCAUGUGAACCCUCCUUGAUCUCCAUUUAUUCAGAUGAUCUACUCCGCCUCAUCCAAUAAUAUUAUUGUUAGUUAUAGCUGUUAUCUCACAGACCUCAAAUUUUCCUACCUCACUUAAUGUGCAUUAUUAAUGCAGCACAUAAAUAUAAUCAAUACUUAUACCUUAUUUUUUUAAUGCACUUUUUUAGACAAUUAUGUUAGAACUAAGAUAUAAAUGUUGCUGAUUUUCUUCAGGCAGAAAGUUCUUCUCUUGUCUGCUCAAAGCAGUUGACGUAUUGUAAAGGCCAAAACCUUUACAUGGAUUUCAGAAACAGUGAGAAGGAACUUCAAAGGUAACAGUACCAGAGCUGUAUAGUUGUGUGUGGCUAUUAUGUUUUCAUGAUAAUUUAGAGGCCCACUAAUUGAUAAAGGUAACCAUCCAUAUUGUGUUUUUUACUAACUUAGCAAAGCUGGCUCCAAUUUGGUUGAUCAUAAUGCAUUCUGUGCUUACUGAGACACCUUAUGGACUCUGUCUUAAUCAUAAUGAUGAUGCAUCUCCUGUUUUGGGCCAACUCUCAUGGUAGACUUCAGUACUUUUGUACCUUGAUUUCACAAUUAAUUAUAGUGUGAAAAAACCUUCAUUAUGAGGUCUACAGAAUAAGAGAUUAAAAAAUACCAUGUUAAGUCCAGCAGAGCCUUGGUAUACAGAAAACACCGUGUCAGAUUUAAGGGUGAAAAUAUUCCAGACAAUUAUUCAAUGUGAUGAAUGUGUUGAUAACUGUUUUUUGUUUAUAAACUCUGCUUUGCAGAUCUAAUUCUGAUCCAUUUAAACCUCAACAAAUUGGUGGAUUCUGUGAAGUUGAUUCUAACACUCUCACUGGAGAGGGCAUAUACAGAAUGGAACUCAGUUCAUGGUAACAAGUCGAAACAGAAGUCAAUGCAAAAUCAAAAUCUAGAGUUUGUUUAACUAGACAAAUAGGGAUUAAUUCAGAGGAAUAAUAUGUAUCUAUGAAAAUUAGCAACUGAGACUAAUUAAAGUGUACUGGCUUACACUUUUCCAGGUUAAAUGAAGUGGAAGACUUUUCACCAUUAACGUUUCCAGCAAAUCAAAAAGAACAUUGUGACAUUUUGGUUGAAAAACCAACAUUUUUCAUGAAGCUUGAUGCAGGUAUGUUGAGGACAUCUAGGUAAAAUCAAGUUCACCAACAAAUUUUAUAGUCAUUUGCCAUUGAUUGUCACAAAUAUACUGUACAUGUCAACACUCAUGUAUAAUCAAUCACCUUAAGGAAUUACUGCCAAACAAGGUUACAUAUUUGUUGUUCUCUCUACCAGCCUAUUGCUUUUUGUAUUAAAUCUGCUUUGCUAAAUCCAUGCUGUCCUGUAAAGUUGUUGUUGUUGUAAGUUUUGCUGGUUCAUGAUUUGAACCUGAAGACAGAAAUGGCUCAUUUCAGAGCCAUCACUACCUCUAAAGCAAUGAUCAACAACAUAAUUUUUGGAGUAAUGUUUAUUUAUUGAUUUAUUAUAUAAUUUUUUAGUUCUUUUUUUAGCCCCUAUCUGAGCAUUAUUUACACUGAUCAGAAGAGACGGUAGAUAAGUGGCACCCAUGAUUUUGCAUCAAAAAUCUAAGAAAUGGUUUCGGCUUAUACAUGCGUGUAACAGACUACAUAACAUGUAUGCCACUGACAGCUGAAUUAGACCAGGUUAACUCAAAUGCAAAGACCUGGAAGAGUCUUUUCAUAACCAACAUGCCCACAAAAAUAGUUUUAAAUUGUAGUGUCCUGUAUCAUGGUAUGAUUAAUCCUGGUAUGGCUUGAAGGGUUUUUAUGAAAGGUUUGUUGCUCAAGCACUGUGUCACGGAAUUGUGUGAUAAUGAUUUUCCGCUGUGUAGGAUAUAGAUAAUUUAUUAGUAAAAUCCAACUAGUGGUCUAUUAUCAAUGCCGCGUUCUGAUUGGUUGAGCUACUAGUAGCGAAAAGCGCGCACUUUUCGGCGGCAAAAAAGGAUUAAAGUCUAGCUUUAACUAGCUAAAAUUUUUUAUUCUCGAUAUUUUUGACCAACUAGUUGGAUUUUACUAAAACAAUUAUUCCUCUCGUCCUCAUGUCCUCUGAGUCAAUAGCCCAUUCGGCCUACUGCCUCAUGGGCUAUUGACUCAGAGCCCAUUCGGACUCGAGGAAUAAUUGUUAAAUAAUCACUACAGGGCUUGAAAAAAGUCCCAUCUGGUACACUGUAGUCCAGGACAAGUAGUUGUUUUUGCUUGGCAAUUAACUUUAACUGUAAAGUACACAAUGGGCAAGGGUCCAGGCAAUUUAAGACAUCCAGUAAUAGAAAGAUCAUCGACAAGGGCUAGCAAGAAGUGUAGGCCCUGUGCAAGCAAAUUGUGUGAAAUGCCUGCCCAAAGGAUAAGCUGAAAUUCAAGGUUUUUUUCGAGCCCUGCACUAGAAACCGCAAGUAUGAUGUUGGUUUGAUUCCUUUGUUCUUAGUGUUCUUGUUUCCUUACAAUUUAGGUUAUUACCUACUGACUGUAUUUUAAAACCAUUUCCUUUUUGUGAAAAUAAAAAUAUAAUAAUCAGUAUGUCACCAGCAUGGGACAAAGAAAAGUCUGAGUCCCCAGACCUUUUGGGAGGUCAUUGGUUUGAAUGCUGUUGGGGACUGAGGCUUUUUCUUUGUCCCAUGCUCGUGACAUGCUGAUUAUUUCAUUUUCACAUUUGUUUCACUGAGCUUAAAAUUGACCAUCUUUCAUUCUUUCACCAUUUCCUUUUUUGUUGCAGUCGUAAAUAUGUACCAUCAUUUCUGUGACUUUUUCAAUCUGUAUGCUACACAGCAUGUCAAUGGAUCAUUUGACACUGAUGUCAAUAUGGUAUUAUGGGAAAAGGUCAGAGCAGAGUAUGUCAUUGUUGGUGUUUCCUAUAGCUCACGUUACUGAAAUUACUUUUCAAAAAUUUUCCAAUUAAGGUUUACCCUUAUUUGCAUCUGUUUGCUGCCUACCACAUAUAUGCAGGUCAUGGUUUUAAUAAUGCUAUGUAAAGAAAUGUUUUGUGCAUUUUUUAGAUUAAAAUUAGUUGAUAAAAAAAUUGAACUAUUAUCAGUUUUUGUAUUGUUAUUAUUAAUGGUGAAACUAAUAAGUGCGUAUCACUUUUAAAAUUUAUAAUGUUGUAACUUGUACUUGUUGUUUUGCCUUUUAUUUAAAAACAAUGCUAAUCUUACUUAAUUACUGAAUCAAACAAACGAAAUAUUCUUUUUUAAUUCUAAUAGACAAGAAAAUAGUUACAUUGUAGGUAAUUACAUGUCCAUAGUAGUUUUUUAAUGUAGCUUAAUGUCCACAAUUAGGUAUUUGCAUUCUCUUGUAAAAGACGUUGUAAAAAUCAAGCCUUCAAACUGCCUAUAAAUUAUGCCUUGAGUAUUUAAAAAAGUAAGAAAAUUGGUUAAAACUGACGGUUAUAAUGCCAAAGAAUAACGUUUUUACAAACCUAGAGAAAAAAGUUAUUGUAUACAGUUAAAGCAUUUAUUUUUAUAUGCUUAACUUUUAUGAAUGCAGUACGAAAGGAGAAGUCUGGGGAAUUUUGGAGCCACAUGGAAAGCAUUCACUUCAAAUCCUGUUGUUUAUCUUGGCCAAGAAUACAAGAACAAACGGGUAAAUGAAAUAAUGUUAAGAAGUUUAGUGCAAUAUAAUAAAGUGAAAUUCUGCAUUGGUGGUAUUUGACUGAAGAGCAGGGGGUGGGGGGGGGUUACUCCCUGUGAUGGCCUACAGGGAGGCUCCACCCAAAAGGGGGACACAUUUUGAGGCUUCAGGUAUAUGAAAUUCUAGGGAUUUAACUAGUUGAACUAUAAGAGAGGGUAGGGAGUGUAGGGAAAUUUGUCAUUGUGGUUGUUGAGAGGGCCUAAAAAGGGCUAACAGGUUCAAUUUAUAUGGCUUAGUGUGGUUUCUUGAUAUUCAAAAAUGGUGCAUUUACAGCAAUUAAAAGGGAUGUAGCAUUCUAAACUAGUAUGUGAAAGGGGUACAUGUACCAUUUAUCAACAAAAGGCAUACAGAAAGGUUACCUUUUCUGUCAAUAAUGGUAUUAAAAAAGGUAAGGGGUUGGGCCUUUAGGCAUCCCCCCGGGGUAUUUGAUGUGGUUUUUAACCUUAAUAGCUGCAGCAUGUUGUGAGAAAGGGUGUUUAAUAUAUGUAUGUUUAUGAACUUUUAGAGGGAUCAGCAUAACCACCACUGUAAACCAAUAAACAACAUUGAGUCAGACUAACAACAACAACAAGUUUAUUCAGUAUUACCAUUUCUAUACAUGGUGUUACCGAUUAAAAUACAAUAAUGAACAGAUAAAUUUAAGGAAAUACAGACAUAAUUGAAUGGUAUAAUUAAUUAUUAUUAUUAUGUUUCUUUCGUCUUUCAAAUGCUUGAAAAACGAAAUUAGCAGUUAGCCGGCUGAUAUGCAAAGCAGUGUUGUUGAAAAAGAAAACAGACUUUAUCUUGGUUCUUGCAAUUUGUAAAUGAUGUAUUUCGUUUGUUGGUUUUAAUAUUAUAAACAGUCUUUCUCAAAUCAUCCGUCAUAUAGAUCACAGUGAAAUAAUACGUUCAUUUCAUUUUCAACUGAAUUUAGACUGCAGUGAUCACAAAUUCGAAGAUCUUCAGGAGUUUUGGGAAUUGUAAAUCUUCCAGUUUCGAUUUUUAAGUUAUGAUUUCUUGCCCUAAAUUUGGAGGCGACACAUUUAUGUUCACCUUUUCUGUGAAAUACAGCUAUAUCUGUUUCAAUGUUGGCGAAUAAUUCUGGGUCAAAAUAUGGAGUGUCGUGAAGGGGAAUCUUGAGGGCGCAUAGAUAAACAUCUUAUUCUGAAUUAAAAAACGUGUGAUUUAGUUUACACCAGAUAUAAUUAGUUAAAUGGGUGAAUCUGAAAAACUGGAUCAGCAAAAAGGUAAAAAAGAAAAAUCAAAGAAUAACACUAGACGGAUCAUCUUGGCAAAAAAAGGAAGGAGAACCAAAAUAGAACUGAUAUAUUUUUAUAUUAAUUGUGCCCUAUUAAUUUUGGUUUGAAACACAGUCUUUUUCACGGGCUGACACUGGGAAAUUUUAGAAUCUGUAGCAAUCUUAACGUAUAGUUAUUCCAGAAUGGUACUGAUCAAAUCUAAUGUUUUCUAUGCAGGUAUGUUUUAAACAAGCUAUCUUUGCUCUUCUUCCUAGAAUGGUGUUUGGAUUGUACUAUAAUACUCCUUUGGUGAGUUUUUUUUUAACUUUUCAUACCUUUCUUGUAAUAGUUAAGUGAAAUUUUUGAGCACGAAAUUGAUACAAAUCAAGGAACAAAAAUUGCAUGUAAAGGUUGCCUUAUAUUUUAUAAUGAUUUACGCGUUAGCAUAAGUGUAGCGUCUGGAUCGGGGAGAAAUUCGCAGCCAUUCUAGACGAGUAUCAGAACAUCUGAGCUGCUGCAGUAAGAAUUGUUGGAGGAAAGUCGUUGUUAAUCAGAUCACGUAUUUUUUUUGGCUGAACCAGAAAGGCUGAUCUCUGAACCGGACUUACGAAGAGAAAGUUUUUACUUUUGGUGGAAUGAAAGUGUUGUGCUAUGUUUUUGUUCCUUUCAGAUUAAUGGUUGCUCUAAAAGUGGCCUAUUUAAAGCUUUCUCAGAACAUCUCAUGAACAGGCUUGGAAUCAUGCAAGAAAAGAACUUACAGGUGAAUUGGGAUCAAAAUUAAUUGCUGACAAUUUACUCGCUUAAAAGUUGUGUGAGCACCCAAACUUUAAACGUUUUUUACUUACAACUCAAACUGAUAGUAGCUUGUCAGUGUCAUCUUUGGUAAGGUGCAGUGGAACCUCUUUUCAGGGGACACCCUCAGGACCGAGGCUAGCCUGGGACCAGGCUCUGCAGUGUGUGUGGCGAGGGGGGGGGAGGGAAAGGCAAAAAAAAAAAGGGUCAAAUAGGAAAAAUAUCGGGGAGCGAAGCGAGCCAAGCGGUGGCUCGGCUCGCUUCGCUAGCCGAUUUUUUAUUUCGCCCACAGCGAUUUUUUUUCUCCUUUUUUCCCCCGUAGUGCAGAGCCUGGUCCCAGGCAAGACCGAGGCAAGCUGAUCGAGGUUGGGCUGGGGUUUGUUAAUAGUUAACCAACGAAGACAAUAGAAAAAAGAAAUCAUUAUUAUCUUUUAUUAUAUACAUACUGAGAAAUACUCACCAAAAAGCUAUGUCGUAAAUUUUCGUACGCAAAUUAGUUCUAGCCAAUCAGAGGAGCGAACGAUGGUUUUCACACGUGAAAAAAAAUGAUACGUCCAAUCAGAAUCGCGAACGAUGUUUUUUCACGUGUGAGAAAAAUGAUACGUCCAAUCAGAAGGCACAGAGGUGUGUGGGUUUCGCGCCAAAAUUGCCGCCUUUUAUUGCAGCUUGCAGCGCCGCUUCGCACACAUUCAACGAGAAAAGUUUUACUCAAAGAGUUUUUCUCGCUAAAAAAGUGAUAAACAUUUCGGAAAUGGAGUGGGAAUAGUUUCGUUUGUUUCACUGUCGAUAAAGAAAACGGUAGAGAGCUCGUGAAACAACAGCGGAAAGGGAUAAACAGAACGAGACGUAAGCUUUUGUUGUGCUUUUUGUCGGAGCUACUUUGCCUUUCAUUUAAGCUUAAGUUUAUAUUGAAACUGGCCAUUUUACUUAAAUUCACUCAUUUUCAAUUGUGCAUUGAGAACAAACAGUUGAGAUUACUUAUGGUUCUUGGAUUACCUCAUAUCCUCACCGUCAUUUAUGUUUUUAACGAACGUUUUUACUAAAAAGCUGAUACUUCGUUUUCGUUGUCAUUUUGCGGUAAGUGUGUAGCGGCAAAUUUUAGCAUUUUUGAAAGAUUUAAAAUAAAAAAGCCGCCAAAAUGAUGAUGUCUCAGUAUGUAUAUAAUAAACACAAUACCACAUGGAAAGUGCUUUGUACGGGAUUUACGCACUCGUUAUUUUUGUAUCAGAAAUCUUACUCGUUCCCUGCGCUCACUCGUUCAAUUUCUGAUACGUCAACAACUCGUGCGUAAAUACCGUACGCCAGCACUUUCCAUGAAGUAUUCUCUAUAUAUGUGCGAUAUUGUAAUGUUGAAUUCACACAAGUGCAGUACAUCGAUUAAGUGACAUUGUUCAGUUUUUGAAAGUUGUCAUCAUUGUUAUUAGUGUACGCUUUAAGUUAUCAACCUUCUUUGGGGACAGUCAUGUUUUGAGUGCUAAGAUGACCCCUGAAUGGAGGUCAUACUCAGGCUUUGGGCCUUAGAAUAGAGAUUUCAAUUCAACAGAGUAGAGGUAACAGAGACAAAGAUUAUGUGGAGGCUUUUCCCGGAACAAAUUUUGUGUCCCCUGCAUGGAGGUGUCCCAAAGGAGGGGUUCCACUGUAACUUCUUUAUGCCCUGAGACACUGAAGAAGUUUAUUUUAACUGUGGCUGAUGAUCCUUCAUAUCUACUGCGCGCUAAUUUGCUCUGGUCUUUACUAAUUGGUGUGUCCAGCCCAAUCUCAUUCUCUCGUGCUGUAUUCUAGAAUACUUCUUCGUUUCCCGUUAUGUAUUGCUUAACUAUUAUGGUAGAACAUGCAAUAAAGGGGCUCUUUCCAUUAUUUGGCCAGGAGUGUCGUAUGACUUAGUAGGGAGCUUUAGCAUCGACAACGGCGACGGCAGAGAGUACGACACUUUUAAAAUGAAUUUGCGGUUUUUAAACUUUGUCGCGUCCAAUUCAACCUCGUUCCCAGGGUGCUCUUCUACCCGUCUCUACGUAGCGAGAGGGAGCCUGGGAACCAGGUUGAUUCCAAUCCACUGAAAAUGUCAAUUGUAGGCGAAUUUCCUGGGAGUUGAUUUCUUGGGAACCACACUCAAGUUUAGAAAGAGAAAGGAAAAUUCGUCGUAGCUUGUUUACGUCCUCCACAAAACGUGAAAUUAGGCAUUUUCAAGUGGUAGUCGUACAGUAACGACAAUGAAAUGUAAGUAAGUAAGUAAUCGGGUUAAUAACAGGGUUUCCACAUUGCGACUCUUCAUCUGCUACUUAUAACUAAGAAAUAAAAAAAUAUGUAUCAAAAUGUACAAAAAUCAGUGAAAAAUGCACAUGCAAAGUUCUUGUUUUGCUUGUUAAACCCAUCUUUUUUUUAAGUUCUCGUUUCCGUCGCCGUCGUCGUUGCUUUUUCCACAACAGAGUCGUAGCUAUAAGUAUCAGUGUGUAAGUACGAGAGCUAAACCUGGCAUCGUUACUGUAAAAUAUCAAUGUUAUUAAUAAGUUAUGUGACAGAACAUAUUUAUAAUUUUGUAUAGGACCUACAAUUCAGUCAUCUGAGGCAAAAGGUGCAAUAAACCAGUGAUUUGAUUUGUCUCCAACAGAAGUGUAGUGGUGACAUCAUGUUAUUGGUGGUCAUGUGACCAGUAUUUUAGUGAUAACCACUGUGGAUUUGUCAAGGGUUAUUAACCCCAAGCUCUCAACUUAAAGGAGUGUUUUUUUUUUCAGAACAGCAGUGAACCAAUCCGCAUAACUUUACUGUCUAGAGGAACAAAGUUUAGAAAAAUAUUAAAUGAAGACGAGGUGAUAAUUUACUAACGUAACGAUUACAAGUCAUUGUACGGUGAAUGCGUUUUUGAUGUAUUUGUAACUUUUUUUGUUACAACUUUCGUAUCGUAAGUCUCUUAAAAUCACUCUGCGGUUGCGAAUAUUGCAGAUUUGAUCCUUUUUACUGAUCGUGUCUUCGUGAAGUUUCCAGACCUGUUUAUCGGAGAAUUGGGCUAAUCGGUUAUACAGUAUUACUCCCCACCAACAUUCCAGUUUCCAAGCGAAAAGCCCUGAGGAAGAGGUUGAUGUCCUACACGUGAUGGGGUGAAGGGAGGGGCAAAAAAGGCCGGUUAUUAUCUCUUUUAAGAUGUGCUGGAAAAUUCCGGUUGCUAAACGACAAAACAGUUGUCGAGCGUUUAACUCUUGUAAAAACCUCAACUUAGAGAUGAAAAAAAAUGCAUAUCUGGUAUUAUUAGUGUGUCUUUGGUCCCCACAAGCCACCUUGGACUUCCCCUCCCACCUCCUUCCCAACACACAGACUCACGCCAUCUCAUCUCCCUCUGAAAAAAACUUAAAUUGUUUUAUUUUACACUUAAAUAAUUUGCCUUUUUCUGUUGCAGAUUAUUGAGGCCUUGAAGACAUAUCCUGAAGUCAGACUAACUGUUGCACAUUAUUCCUGGUACUGCUUUGAUUUUAUCAAUUCACGAUUUACGUGAUAUUUCUUUGUGUCAAAUGUUCAAAAUAUUGAGUUGUGAACACUGUUCUAAACCUGAAAUUAUGUGAAAGUUAAUCAUGUGAGAUUCAGGACACGAGGGCUGGGUAUGUUGCUUUUUUCAUCUUAUGAUUUUAAAUUGUACUUUUCAGGGAUGUGCCUUUUCUUGAUCAAGUUAAAGUGAGUAUUGUUUAUUAACCACAUCAUGUGUUUAACUGAAUUUACUUAAAUAAAAGUCAAAUCAACAAAGUUAAAUAGCUCUCAUCUCCUUUUUUUUUGUUUCUUUAUAGCAUAAAUUUCCUAGUUUCCUUACUUUUUCAUAAUUUGAGCGGUGGAAAAGCGGGGAUAUUGCUGGGUGAUGCCAGAUAAGAGAAAAAAAAAUAUACAGUUUGAAAAAGUUAACUUUAAAAACAUAACUGUAGCGCAAACAAUUCAGGUUGUCGUUUCUCUGUUGGUAGGCAUUUUGGUUUGAACAGUCUGGUACAUGAAAAAAAAAAACUUCAGGAAGACAUAGCGGGAAAAUUUGCCGCACCUGUACCAAUGUCGUCGACUUUACUACGAAUCGUAAAUUGACGACGUGACGUUUAACGUGAUCCAACGGCACCAUCGAAUGGACGUCUUAGAACUUUCUUUAAAACUGUGUGUCGACAACUAAUUUGUAUUUUUUCCAAAAUCGUGUCAGUAAGGUUGAACCCCGAUGUAUCGAGCUCUUGGACAACGACCAUGAUAUGCUUCGACUCAACUACAUUGUCUGUCAUGAUAAAAUGUGUUGAAAAGUGCUCCAUUGCAUGGUCCCUCGUCACGACGGCAGUGAAAGCUUCCAAUUACAAUUUCGAUCUCGCUCGUUGUCUGUUAAAUGUGGGUGAACUUUCCUGGAGUUCGGUUCUUGGGGAUCGCACCCAAGUUUAGAAAGAGAUGGAAUAAUUCGUCGUUAUGUGUUUUAACAUCCUCCAUCAUACUUUGUAAUAAUAAUAAUAAUAAUAAUAAUAAUAAUAAUAAUAAUAAUAAUAAUAAUAAUAAUAAUAAUAAUGAACUUUAUUUAAGUCUCAUGUCUUAUAGCUCAGGUACAGUGCCUAACUAAUUGCGGAGACUUUGUAUCAGAAAAUUUCGCGUCGUAAUUUUGUAUUGCCGACAAAUACGGUACAAAAAAGUGUAAUGCUCGGGCAGAAUGGUUUUUCUCAUUUAACUUAUUGCUUUUUUGACGUUUUCUUUACCCUCGCAUGUCUUGGUGGUUGUUAAAGCUCCCUAUCUCGUUUAUAUCGAAGUUAUGGCACUUUUAAGUGGUUUAUUUGCGGAGGAAUAGUAACUAAAUAAAGUAAAAAUCUGAAAUGGAUACUUUUUGUUCGUUUUCAGAAUAGUCACAAUACAGAUAUAUUUAUUGGGAUGCAUGGAGCUGGUUUAACGCAUACGCUGUUUCUUCCUGACUGGGCCCUUUUAUUUGAAUUGUAAGUCAUUGGGUUCUACUCAAGAACGACAAGAAGCCUUCAUGUCUGCGUGUACACUUUAGUACUGUAAACAAUAGGUAACAAAAUAAUUAUUGGAAGCUGCAAGAUGCCGGGUGGUUUUUCUUUUCUGGCUACUGAAUGGUUGUGAUCGAAGGUCAGGUAGUGAUCCAUAGAAUGUGUUGCGGGAUCAAAUCGUUAAUAGGACUCUGUUUGUUUCUUAGGUACAAUUGUGGUGAUACAAAUUGUUAUCGGGAUUUAGCAAGACUCAGGUGAUGACAUAUGUUGGUAUAGGAUUUAUUUUUCAGCGUCUUUCCUUUAAAAGUAUACCUAAGAGUUGAUCAGUUUUCGCCGGAUUAAUUGUCAAAAACCGCUAUGUAAGGGCCCAGUUUCUGACAAAUUUAGUAGCAAGUAAUGGCUCGGUCAAUCCCAAGUGGCCCGAAUUCCUAUUUGUCUUCUUUGGACUACUGUCCCUCAUUUGGCCAGCCUCACGGUAUUUUAAUCAUGCAAAUGCCCUACCCGGAGUAUAAAACCAAAGUGUUUCAUGAUGAAAUGCAAAAAAAGAAACCGCUGUUUUGAAAUUCUCUUUGUGCCUAGGCUACAAUCCAGCGACGAUCUUUUAACGUACCUGUGAAUUAAGGUUUUUUCCAGGAGUCUUUUUAUGUCUUCAGGGGUUUGAUUUUUCCCUUCUCUAGAGCCUUCUUUCAGGGUAGUUUGGCCUGUUUAUUAGGGAGUUUUUAAAGUAGCGACGUUUUUGAGCGACGCACGUCGACUGGAAGUGGACUUGUUUUCACUCUUGAGCCGCGAUUUUGAAAAUAUUUUUGGACAAAUCGUCUCCAUAAGAGCAAAUACACUUAGCAUUAUAGAUUUGGUAGCGUCAAGGCAUGUAAAAAGAGAAAAAGGUUAACUUCCGAUUGACGUGCGUCGCUUACCCCUGUUAUUUACUGCCGAAGGGGAUGUUAUGUUUUUUACUCAUUGUCGUCAUUGCUUAUCUGGAUUUUUAGGGGAGUUUCGUACGUAACUUGGGAAAACCAGGACAAGGUCUUUGAGAAAACCGAGGUAGGUGAACUAAAGCAAAACGGAUGCGACGGUCACGGAUAUUUUUGUGACUUUGCACUUUUCCCCUCUUUUUCAGGAGCUUCACCCGCAGUACAGUGAUCAUCCGAAGUUCAGGAACUACGCGUUCGACGUGCGUGAAUUUAUGCGACUUGUUGAACAAGCAGUCUUCAAAGUCAAGCGUUCUCUCGAAGACUACAGAAAACAGUACAAUAUUUGAUGACAGAUUUGCACUAAUUAGGUUUUUUGACAAUUGCUGACCGAAGAGGACUUGGAAAAGUCUUUUUUUCUCAAAAUCGGUCAAGAUGGUUGUUACCACCUUUAUUUAUGUACAUGUAGCAUUGUAACGUUAUUUAUGUCAUCCAUUUCAUCUCCUGCUUCAGUGAGUUCACUCUUGCCUAUUUUAGGUUUUGCCCAUUAAAACACACACACACACGCACAUACGUUUUCCCCAUUAACUUUAAAAGCUUACCGGAUGAACAUUUAUAAAGAAUGAAGUAAGAAAACCGUAAAUCCUUUAUCUAGCCCCCCCCUGGAGGUCUUAUUUAUUUCAAACACUUUUGGGGUGAGGUUGCUUAUUCAGUCCAGCGAAGAUGGUGGUAUUAAUUCUCCAUGAAGAACUACAAUGUACUCAAGUACAAGAAGUUGGAGGUCUUUCAGUAAAGGAUCAAAAACAAAUCCGAAUUUCCAACACGUGAAUAAACCAUCCCGGAUCAGUUUUACAGUCUAUCAUUUAUCAGGGAAGAAUGAUAAUGGGGAGGGGGGCGUUUAUUAACUUUCUUCCCCUGAAAAGGGGGGCUUAUUAGAGAGAAGGUGGGGGGUGGGGGAUUAUUUGAGAGAGAGGGGGCUUAUUUGAGAGUGGGGGCUUAAUACAGGAUUUACGGUUUAUCGAUGUAUUGAUGAUUUCUUUUCCUCUUGAUGAAUACUUUACAUUGUAAUUUUAAGGUCACUUUUACUUAUAUUUGUGUGAUAGUUAUUUGACUUAUUUACUCUUUUAUGGCACAUUCAAUAAAUUUUGUAACCUUUUUGCU